CGUAAACCCGAAAUAACGUAUGACGAAAUUAAUGAAAAUUCUUAAGAGCUAAAAAAGACGUGGCGAACGCGAAUUUCGUGAUCAAAUUCAUUAGGUAUAAAAUUUUAAUUUAAGAAACAUUAAUUAAAAUACCAAAUUAUUAAAAUACCAUCAGAAAUGAAGUUAAUCACGGGACAAUCGUCGACGACAAUUCGAGCAAACGAAAAUCAUUUCAACUACGCGGUGCAAGUGACUCGCGUUAUUCUGCGAAUGAUCGGUGCAUGGCCAAUCCCGAAAUUCGCAUCCAACGCGAAAAAAAUUGCGAUCCGUUUGCAAAACGCUUUUUGCUAUUUUUUAUUUGCAUUUAUUCUCGUGCCUGGUCUUUUAUUAGUAUUUUUGAAAGAACGUGACUUCAAACGGAGGGUUAAGUUAAUAGGACCUCUUCUAAACUGUUGGAUGGGUUGCAUGAAGUACAGUUUAUUCAUUUAUCACGCAAAAGAAAUCCAAUCGUGCCUGGAACAGGUACAGCAGGAUUGGCAGAGUACCGUCAAUUGGAACGAUCAAAAAGCGAUGCUAUCCAAAGCGAGAAUAGGCCGAAAAUUUGCAAUCUUCUCCGCUGUUUUCGUGUACAUCGGCGGCCUAUCUUUUCGUACCAUCGUGCCGCUCUCGAAAGGACGAAUGUUAACACCGAUGAAUACUACGGUAAGAGCCCUCUCAUGCCCCAGUUACUUUGUCAAGUUCGACGAGCAAGCCUCACCGGCGUACGAGAUCGUAUUUACCUUGCAAUUCUUCGCGGGGUUGCUCACCUAUUCGGUGACAUGCGGCGCGGCCGGACUAGCGGCAUUUUUUAUCAUGCAUGUUUGCGGACAGCUGAGCGUCUUAAUCGCCAAACUGCAGCAUUUUACUGACAUGACGGAGCCUGAGGAUCGAACUGUGGCGACUUUCCUGGCCAAUAUUGUGGAACAUCAUAUAAAAGUAAAAAAUUUUUUGAAACAAGUAGAGGAAGCUAUGCAAUUCAUAUGGUUAGUGGAACUAGUAGGAUCUACUGUACUCUUAUGUUUCGUAGAAUAUUACGUUAUUAUGGAAUGGGGAAAUAGCGAUUCUACAGCCAUGUUAACUAUGUUUACUCAUUUUGUGAUGCUUAUAUCUUUCAUUAUUUCCAUUUUUACUAAUUGUUAUGUCGGUCAACUUUUGACAGAUCAGAGCAUCAAGUUUGGAUUGAAAACAUCUACGAUAAAUUGGUACCGUCUUUCGUAUAAAAGGGCUCGUUCUUUAAUUCUGAUAAUAGCAAUUUCUAAUAUUCCGGCAAAAAUCUCUGCAGGUAGAAUGAUAGAAAUGUCUCUAUCCACAUUCAGUAACAUUAUCACAACAUCGAUGACAUACUUUAAUCUGCUUCGAAAAUUUAUCACGUGAUUUAUUUUCGAUAAACUUUCUAUGACUUAGAUGCAUUAUGAGAUAUUUAAACAUUUAAUUUGUA